AUGCCCGACCCGCUCACGGAGUCCACGGACGACCGCCAGCGGUGGCAGCGGGAGGCGGCCUGCGGGGACGGGAGGGUUUCUAACAUCAGCAACGAGCUGCCGGCGUACACCAUGAAGAGUAACGAGUUCUGCACGGGCGGGCGGAUAGCUAUGACCCCGGGCUACCUUUCCCCGGGCGGGGACUUUGUGAAGAACGGGCCGAACGAGCAGCCACCCUGCAGGACGACGCCCCAGCCCUCGGCCGCCGUCGCCCGCCUGGCCGCGGCGGGCGCCGCGGCCCGCUUGGCCGCGGCCGUGGGAUUCGUCAAAGGACGCAAUCUGGCCUAUCAUGUGGUUCGCAUGGACACGGCUGCUCUCCGCGCUAGCGUGGUCAACGCCGACACCGAUCCGCUCUUUGUAAGCUUCACAAUCAAGGCUGCCUUUCCCAGCAUGAGCCAGGCCUGGCUUCGACUUGUGCUGGAAAGGUGCCGCCUGCCCAAGAGCUUUUUGCAGGCGAUUGCUGCUCUGGCAGCCGAUUCGCUGGCGCAUACGCUGGUCGGGCCUGUGGUCGUGUCCAUGUUUUUGAUCACAGCAGCAAACACCCUGCCGAUGUUGCCCAACCCGCGCGCGAGUCUUCAAGACAUGGAGGGGCUUCUCGCCGAACAGGGGAAGGGCAAGGUGGUGAGCCUCGGCCCGCACGUGCCCAGCUCGGCCCCGACGCGCUGCCCCACGGCAAGUUCGCGCACGCUCGACGACGACCAGGACGCCGAUGCGCUCCAGGAGGACUGGGGCGUCGCUGCGCUUCCGCGGGACGGCGACGAGCUGGCGUUCCUCAACACGGCGCCCUUCGAGACCGUGCCCGUCAGGGACGAGCGUCCCGGGAGGGGGUCUGCGAUGCCAGCGCCCCCGCUGAGGCGCCUCCGGUCCGAGGCGUAUUGGGAGCAGAAGGUUGCCGCCGCGUGGCGGCUGGCGUGCUCGCCUUGGGAGGUGGGCGUGCGGCAGCGUUGCCCCCGCGUCGACGGAGGCGGCUGCCUCGGGCCCGCGGCGGCCGCGCCGCCGACAGCGGAAGGCGCCGAAGGCGAGGGCCCAGCGGCGGCCGAGCCGCCAGCAGCAGGAGCUGCCGAGGGCGGAGGCUCCGAGGACGGCCGCAGGAGCUGGGCGGGCGCCGUCUCGAGGGAGUUGCGCCGCGGGGCCCGCGGGGCGCUCGUGCCGGAUUGCCCUGCAACCGCUUGCGGCUCCAAGGCCAAGCCAUGCACUUGUGUUUUGCCGCCCUUUGCCGUCUGCAGAGCCGUGGACGCCUCCACAAACACGCACGAGGCGUGUUUCGCGCAUCAGAGGCGCAUUCCCAGGCCGAGGGCGAGCGAGGACGCUGCCCGCUCCGCGCACGAGGCGCGGGGCACGGCGCGUCCCCCCGCGUUGCCUGGCCUCUGCACUUCCUCGGACUGCUUGGCAGCUCCUUGGCCGCUGCAGGUAAUUAAUGUGCGCGAGGCGGCGGCGGCGCUGCGGCGCGAGAGCGUGCCGCCGCGCCUGGUGCUCACCUGGCUGCGUCCGUGCGAGGCCGCCAUGCCUCCCGCGGACGCGCCCAGGCCCCGCUGGGCCGACGUGCUGGACUCCUCGCAGGAGGACCUGCGGGAGGACAGCCAUGCGGCCGCCGCCCGGGGCCUGGUCGAGGAGUCCUCGUACCGCGGCGAGGACUCCGCGCCGGGGCUCGGAAGCCUGCGGGAGGAGUUCAGCAGGUGCGCGAGGGCGAUCGGCGCCCUGUCCUCCUCGGGCGAGCCCAUGGACUUCUCCUUCCUCCUGGAGGCCCCGACGCCGCUCCAGCAGUUCCAGGAUCCCCGGAGCGCCACCGCCUCCCGGGGCUCCGACCGCGCCGGUCGCAGCGGCACCACGGGCGGCAGGGUCGGCUCCACGCGGGGCCCGAGGCGGAAGAGGCCCCAGAGCAGGCCCGCGGAGCUGGACCCCAGCAGCCCCGGCAAGCGGGCGAGGUCCUCCCAGGCGCCCGCCGACGGCGCCAGGCGGGCGAAGGCUGCUGUGGCGGGCGAGGCCCCUGCGGGCUCGGCCAGCGCCGCUGAGGAGGCGAAGGAGGAGUGGCGGCACCGCGUGGAGAAGCGGGGCAGGGCGGUGGAGAUGAUCAAGACGACGCCGGACUACCAGGCCUAUGCCCAGUCCCGUCCCGCGGGGCAGGCCCUGCACGGCGCGCCCGCGCCGCGCACCCCCGAUUCCACGGACAGGGCCGUGAGCAAGCGGCGCUGGGAGCAGGAGGUGCAGCAGUGGCGGGCGGGGCUGAGGCAGUGGUGUCAGGAGCGCGGCCUGUCCACGGUGUCCGAGCCAGCGGCGCCGCAGCGGUGCCAGCCGAGCGUGCUGGAGUUGUUGCAGCGCCAGGGUAGGAAGUGA